GUGGCCGGCAUGGCGGGGCCGAGGAGUUCCCCGCGGGCGCGGGAGCGGGCGCGGGAGCAGCCUCUUGCCCCCGCCGCAGGAAGUGACCAGGUUCACUCCUGGACACUAGUUACAAAUCAAGCCUUGCACACUGCCUGGAGGAUAGCAAAGGGCUCCGUGAUGUUGGCAGUCUCCUUUCUGGUGGCCAUCCUCUGCUACUUCCAGAGACUGCAUUUGCAUGUAGGGCACCGGCUGAAAUGGUGGAUCGGAUAUCUGCAGAGAAAAUUCAAAAGGAACCUCAGCGUGGAGGCCGAAGUUGAUUUGCUCAGUUAUUGUGCGAGAGAAUGGAAAGGAGAGACACCCCGUGCCAAACUAAUGAGGAAGGCUUAUGAGGAGCUGUUUUGGAGGCAUCAUAUUAAAUGUGUUAGACAAGUAAAGAGAGAUAACUAUGAUGCUCUAAGAUCAGUGCUAUUUCAGAUAUUCAGCCUGGGCUUGUCUUUUCCAUCUUGGAUGAAAGAGAAAGACAUUGUUAAGCUCCCUGAAAAAUUGCUAUUUUCACAAGGUUGUAAUUGGAUUCAGCAAUACAGUUUUGGUCCUGAGAAGUAUACAGGUUCAAAUGUGUUUGGGAAAUUACGCAAAUGUGUGGAAUUAUUGAAAACUCAGUGGACUGAAUUUAGUGAAAUUAAAGAUUAUCACAAGAGAGGAAGUAUGUGCAAUGUCCUUUUCUCUGAUGCCCUUCUGGAAUAUAAACUGUAUGAAGCUCUGAAGUUCAUCAUGCUGUACCAAGUCACCGAGGUGUAUGAACAAAUGAAGACUAACAAGGUCAUUCCCAGUCUUUUUAGACUGCUGUUUUCCAGGGAGACUUCAUCGGACCCUUUGAGCUUCAUGAUGAAUCAUCUGAAUUCUGUAGGUGACACGUGUGGACUAGAGCAGAUUGACAUGUUUGUACUUGGAUACUCCCUUGAAGUCAAGAUAAAAGUGUUCAGACUAUUCAAGUUCAGCUCCAGAGACUUUGCGGUCUACUACCCAGAGGAGCCUCUCAGGGAGUGGCCCGAGAUCUCCCUGCUGACUGAGAACGACCGCCACUACCACAUUCCUGUCUUUUAAGUCUGGCUCUCACUGGUGACAGUGGGCUCACUUGCAAGUGAAAUAUUUCUGAAAAACCAAAGCUUGAGUUGUAGCAGCAGCAGGAGUUGCAUCCUUUUCCCUGGAGUUGCAGGUAUUCGGGAGGGAGCAAGGCACACGUGUUUUUUUCUUUCUCUCUCACUGAUCUCCAAAGCAGCCUGACUGGGAUAUUUGGGGGUUUGUGGUUUGACCUUAGGGUCUGGUCUCUUCAUCCAAUGCCAGGCCUUUAAGAGCACAAGAAAGUUUAAUAUGGACAAGAACAGAAAAAAGAAAACAAGAAAGCAAGUAGGGAAAAACCACUCACCUGGAAAGAAUGUCUUUAUGUUUAACUUUUCCAUUCUUCAUUAAGAAUCUCAUCUUGAACUGGUCUUGAAUUGUCAUAAACAUGGCUUUAUUUUAUAAGCAUUACUUUCCCAGGAUCUUGUUUUAUAUUAAUUUUCUAGAAUCACCUGAUUGACUUUAAAAUUAUGUAUAUAUUUGUAUAUGUAUAAAAAUAUGGUCAUAUAGGCAAACAUGU